AAAUAAAAAUAAGUUCAAUUCUUCUCUUUACUUUACAAUCUUUACUGCACACAAAAAUUGUUUCCGCUCUCUUUCAUCUCUUUAAUCUCUUUGGUUUUAAACGCACAAUUCAAAAUGGAUAGCACCAUGGAUUCUACCUUUCCACAACGCCAUAUCGCCAACAAGGACAAUGAGGACAAUGACGAUAAUGAGGAAAUAACAGUUAGACUGACCGAUGGAGUAAUAGAAAUCGAAAGAAAGUAUAUACAAACGAGCGAAGUCGUUAGUGAUUGCAUGUGGUUGACGGAUGACAAUAACCAUGAAUUGCAUUUGUAUAAUAUAGAUACGGAGACCUUCGGUAUCAUAAAGAAAUGGUUUUACGUGAAAUGUUUAAUAAGUGAAAAACCGGAAAGAAACAAAGCCAUAAAAAGUAUGAAAAUCGCAGGAUGUGACGACUUAAAUUGUUUGCGUAAAGUUAUCCUGGCUGCAGAUUUUCUGGAUAUAAGUGAACUGUCAAAAUUAUCAUGCAAAGCUAUGGCUGAAGUCUUGAGAGGCAAAUCUGUCGAGAAAAUGCUUUUGAUUUUACGUCCACUAGACGAAAUGGAGGAGAUUGAGCUAAAUCUGCAGAAUUUAUUUUUAGAAACUGAUUGAUAUUAUAUAUUUUAAUUGUUGUUCUAGUUUCUAUUUUU